AUGGCCUGCCUUUCUGGUCACAGUACAAUCUCUCUUCUAAAUUUAUGCGGUUGGGUGCUUGGUGUCUAUCUUAUGUGUUUAACAGGACAGAGGAUUCAAACUCAAAGUUUAUCGAUUGCGGAUGCAGUUUACGAUAUGGAGUGGUACAAAGCAAAUCCGAAGUUGAGAAAGGAUAUUUAUUUCAUGAUGAUUAGAGCUCAAAAACCGUUAUUAUUUCAAUGUGGAAUUUUGGGCAAUUUUCAUUUUAUUACAUUCAAAAAUAUCAUGUCGACCGCAUACAGAUUUACAACAUUAAAAACAGGAUUUAGUGGCUAAACAACAGAAAUUUUGUUACCAUGUAGUUACUAAAGAAGUCGUAGUUGUUGUAAUGAAACAAAGUGCACCUUUUAAUAUACAUUCAAAUUGUUGCUUAGAAUGAAUGUCAUUUAUAGUCCUUAUAAAAACAGGAGUCUUAGUUGUAAACUUGAUACCAAAAGAAUUUAUGUAUAUGAGAAGGCAAUAUUGCAAUA